UGCAUAGACUAUACUGCUAUAUAUUAUUUUAUUUAUGAAUAGUAACAGUGAUUUUUCAAGAAUUUUAUGCUGAUACUGGAAAAAAUACACAGAUAUCAUCUGCCUCUUGGCCUCGGAACUCGCCACUGCACAAACUUCAUAAUUACCUUCGAAUCUCAAUUCACUGAAUCCAAAGGACAUCAUAUUAUUCAUCCCAAACUCUACUGCUUUGUUCCUGUUGUCCCAAAAAAGAAGUUCUGCAACAAUCACAAAAGAAAAUAUUAGCGAUAAGAAAUUCUGCUAGAGCAACAUACUGAAAGCUUAAAAGGACUAAUCUAAUAUUAAGGCAAAUUCACUGACUGGCUGAGUCUUAUACAACGAAAAGUCUUCUGAUAUAAAAAAAAAGAAAAUAAGAAACAACUGGAAUAAUAAUCAGGAAGAAAUACAAGAAGCAUUAAAGCACACACACACAAGAUUGGCGACACUGACAACUUGAUUUUAACAAGGUCUUCUCAACACAAGUUUGGACCUUGUUUCAGCAUUGUAAAUAUUAAAUUCCUCAUUGCAUGGCGACAAUAUCUUCGUCAUAAUAAUUGAUCGUCUUCAAGAACUUGUUGGUCAAUACCUAAUAUCCAGGGGACAAGAUAAACGCAGAUUCUCAUGUCGUUGGAUGUUUAAACAUUUUUCUUCUCUGGAAUUGUUAGCAAACUUAAUCUUGGAAGUUAAAAAGAGCAUCGGGGUUAUCAUGCCCCGUGCUCAGAAAUGGCAAAAGAUCCUCACGAAGCUGUAGAUUUUUCUCCAGCUUGGCUUAACUUUAAUAACAGCAAUAAAAAGAAAUCAUCUGAAAAAUCUUCAGGGAACCAUCUAUCCUCUCAGUCUUCAAUCAGUCCGUCUAUUAAAACCUCCCAGGAAUCCAUUUAUCGGACAAAUUCACUUGGUCUGCGAUCGAGUGGAAGUCCUUCUCGAACUUCAGGUCAUCCAUGGGGUCAACACACCCCCUCGCCACGAUCAGUGUCUCGUCAUCAAUCUGUGGAUCUCACUCACAGUUACCUGGAUUCUAAGAAUGAUCAUUUUAACCAGAGUCCAAACAGAGAACACAAAUCAACAUUUACAAAAUCUGGAACAUUUUCACCAACAUUGCCCCCAAACAAGAAACAAUUCAGUGCAAAUCCAUGGACAAGAAAUGGCUCGACAUCAGCCAUAGAUGCAGAUUUUCCAUCUUUAUCUGACAUUGAAGUUUCUGAUCAGAAGAAAUCUAACAAUGGUUCACCAAGCCGGUCAUCCUCUACCGCAGUUGUCAAUAUGUGGCAAAAACCAUUGGUGAUGAAAAACAAAGUAACAGACACAUCUCUAUCAAGUCCAAAUUCCAAUCAGAAAUCAACAAGUAUUUAUAAGACAUUGGUUCCUAAGGCGGCUGUGUCCCAUCAAAAGCAACCAUACCGCCGUACUAUGAGUGUUCCCCUCAACUUUCCAACGAAAAAUUCUGCUGACUUGAGCGGAGAUUUUAUUUCAAAUGGAAACAAAAGAGAGCUUGGUACUCUCACCCGAACUAACCAGUCUUCAUCAAGUAAUAUCUCUCCUCAGCAACCAAGACAAGAAGUUCAGACUAAAUCUUCAGCUGUUGAUAUAGGUGUUGUUAGUGGACACAAAAAGCACAGAAAAGGCAAAAACCACUUUUUAAAAGCAUUACGUCAGACUGAUGGUGAAGUUGAUGAUUCUGCGGGCAGAAGCAACUAUCACUUGAAGUCAGAGGUUUCAUCUACCAUAGAAGAAGAACAACCACAAGCUGUUACUAAUCAAGAGAAAGAAACUCACAAGAAUAUGGAUACAAAUGGCAAACAAACACAGACGGUUUUAGCUCACGAUGAUUUUGUUUUAUCAAGUUCAUUAGAGGCAGAACAUAGACUUCUACGUGAAAUGGGAUGGAAAUGUUCAGAUGAGCAAACCAUGGAAGAAGAUGCUCCUUUGACAGAAGAUGAAAUAAAAGAAUUUCAAAUGAGGUGCAAUGGUAUUCUCUCCACUUCUGGUGUAAAACAAAAAGAGAAAGCACUACAGAAUGCUUUCUCUGGAUGGAAAUUUCCAGGAAUUCGUAAGCAAGAAGCAGACGCUGAUAUUGAGAACAACAACACUUCCUUCCUACUUUUGCUUGAAGAUAACGCCUUCCCCCAAGAUGAUGAUAAUCUCUCCGAUAAUGAGUUUUAAAUUUUACACUUUGUCGGAUUAGGCAUUGCUGAAUAUGAAGUCCAUACACAGGUGGACUGGAGAAUUUAGGUGUCCGAAAAGGCUUUAAAUUUUUUUUAAUUGCAAAGGAAAUUUAUUGGUAUCAUUAUUGUUUUGGCCCUCAUGGAUAUAUUAAAUGAAGUAAAACUACUUGAACAAUUACUGAUUGAAAAACAACAAACCUGGUCAAGAUAUAUUGAGAACUAACUUCAUAUCAAAAUAGAAAUUGUAAAGGGACUUUAUGGACUCUAAUGUAUAUCCCAGCAUUGGUCCAAUCCGAGCAGUGCAGUAAAAUUUACAUUUAAUUCCUGACUCCUAUUAAGAAAAGUUUUGACUUUGACUCUGGAAUUUUGAUAGCAAAACAUUUAACCUUCUUUAAUUAACUGUAACAUAAAAAUGACUAGUAAACUUAGUAAUGCUUUUUGAGUUUGUGAAGGAAAUUUUGACUUUUUCUAUCGACAAUAAAAGUCUAGAAUUCCUGGGGAAUUCAGCCUGGCUUGACAAAACUGCCUCAGUGAAAAUGUGUCAAAACCCUACUUUUUGAAAGUUGUGAAGGUAAUUUUAUGAAUUAAAACAUCAUAAAUGCUUGCUUUUUAGUUAAUUUGACUUUCUUACAUACACCUUUAAUGCAGAGUGGUCAAAUAGUCAAAUAGUAAUAGCAUGGGACCAUUUUGGAAUACAAAACCCAAAAUCGAAUAUGGGUUUUCGUCUUGCAUCGAAAUCAACGGUAUAUUUCACUUAUCAAUGAAAUUUCACAUAUCUUUGUGAAAUCAAUAGAUACACUUAUAUUUUGUUUAAACUUAUGCUGCGUAGAGUCUAAUUUAAUAAUUACUGCCAUCUAAUACAUAGAAAAUUGCAUAUUCACUUGAAUUCAUUUGUGUAGAUUUAAACUACUGUAUAUACCUGAUUUAUAUGGUUGACAUUUAUUUUUGAGAUAGAAACUGGAAAGGCAAUAUUUAUUGCUGGUGUUUGAUAAUAAUGUAGCUGUAAAGAGUGACCACUCAAUUUUCAGUUCACUGCAACCGACUUUUUCGUUAAACAUUUUCACCCUGGACCAUUAGAAUUAAACAAUAGUGUCACUUAUAAUUAUUGUCAUACAGGUUUAAAAUUAACAUGUUGUUCAUGAUUUUGUACUUAAAAAAGGUGUAUUGAUGUUGUAAGCAGAUUUAUUAUUAACCUUCCACGUCCAAUGUUUAUAUUGUGUUCAUGGAAAAUGUAACUUGAUAGCGUGUGAAGUAAUGCAAAUUUGUAAGCUUACAUUAGUUAAAGUCUUCUGAAAAAAUAGUUCAGAUUCGAGAAAUAUAAUUUGUGAGAAUAUUCAUCUGGUUGUAUCAAAGCAUUGUUAGAAAUUAUCACCUGGAAUAAUGAAUUAAAUAAAUACUGAUAUGUUAUUGCAAAACUACACAUAGGGAAAUGUUAUCUGGAUAGGUAAAAUAACCCCAUAAUAUUUUUACUGCCUAGAAGAUGGUUCUAGUAGCUUUGAGUCAUAAAUUUAUAGGUGACUUAGCCAAUUUUGCUCUGAUAGGACAAGCAAUACUUAAUGUAAAUGUUGAAAGCAAACAUUGUUUAGCCAAUGUUUCAAAUGCCUAUAAAUCCGAAAACUAUCCGGGCAAUAAUGGAGCAGAAAAGUCACUCUAAAUAUAUAGCAAAAGAGAACCAAUUCCAAUACAGACAAGUGUUUGACUCAACUAUAUUGUAUCCUUCUCGCCAGUCGUGCAUGUUUAGUUAUGAUAAGCCUGGUGGCAAUCAGUUGCUAUGCUUUUAGUUUAUUCUUUGUUAGAUUACGGUAAGGGGUAAGCAACUAUAUACCAAUUCAAUUGGGGAUAAUCUCUCAUGUUUCAUUAUUCUGCCAUAUAAUGAUAAAUUACACUAAUAUUAUCUGCGAAAGAUUUUUGUACUUGUUGGGUGAGAUUUUGUUUCUUCGCGGGUUGUAAACUUUUUAAUAAAUAUUAGUGUGUUUCCAGAUAUUUUUACUAUUUAGCUGCUAUUAAGAUAGUUUGCUGUUUUGAAAGAUUUUCUUAUUCUGUAGUCUGAGCUUCACAAAUGCUUGAUACCUAUAAAUUUAUACAGAAUACGAUUUCUUAACCAAGCAAUUCUUCUGAGGGCAAUUUACAAUAUAAGUGUGAAGAGAUUUCUGCUGUUAGUCUGUAAGUUAUGAGUAGAAAAACUUGGCUGUCUGGGAUAUAUUCAAAUAAUUUGGCAUCACAUUUUUUGACCUUGUUUCAAGCUCCAAACUCAAAGUAAAUCAAAUGUGAUUGGUAGAAAUGUUAGUGUAUGCAAGUAUUUUAACUUAUUUUCACCAUUGAAAUUUCAACUUUUGUCAGAAAUUGAAAGUUUCUUUAUUAUCUGCAGUUUGGAAAUUCCCCCCCAGUGCCAAACUCGUAAUAUUCUUUGACUCUCAAAGUUGCCCUUUCUAUAUCAGUAGUUGGGCCCAUCUUGUGGAUUAGAAUUGUGCAAUUUAGAAUAACAUAACACAUUGUUGUGUCCUUCAUGCAAUAUAAAUAUGGUAGUGAUGCGAAGGUCCACACUUAUUCUUUCGUGUCUCAAUGGAUGACAUAUUAUUGAGAAGCAUUAUGUAAUGUACAUAGAUAUUUUUUCACCUAUAAUAAAAAUUUUACGGUACUCUUGGAUUGUUAGAGCCGACUUGUAGGCUAUAGGCAUUGAAUUUAACAUUUACAUUCAUGAAGGUCUCUUAACCAUGUUUUGUUUCUGAAAUAUUUUAAUUUUAUUAGAUGACUUCUAUCCGUUGCGUAGAUAGGGGUGUGCAACCUUUAAGACAGGAGGGCUCUAUACAAAAAAAUGGGUGAAACCGUGGGCCUCGCAUUUCUUUGACAUAGGCUUUCUAUCAGCGGGCCGCACACCAUCAAAAUUACCACUACUCCGCGGCAGCAGGUUGCACAUCCCUGGCAUAGAUUAUUGAUAUAUCUGCCAAAUAUGCUUUUGGACCAGUUAGGACUAAAUUGUGUAUAAAGCAUGAUCACUAACUUUUUUCCACCAUGUUUUGAAGUGCCUGCAUGCAUGUCUAUUUAAAGCUGUUUUAGAUUCAUCUCUAUAAAGGUUUUAUUCAUCUGAAUUGAGUUCAUCACAUUGUUCUUAUAUAAACUGUGCCAUCACCCAAUCCAGCAAUUAUUAUUAAAUAUAAGCACUGUCAAGUA